GGGAAAACAACUACGACUAAAUUCAAAAGCGUGUUUUCUUUGGGAAAGCUACGCAUCAUUUCAAACUAUAAUAUUUGCAUUGAAAGAAAAGUUAGGACUAACCGAGAUAAACCCCUAAAUUCUUCCUUUUUUUCUUAAUAUAAUUUUUUCUGUGGCUUUGGAUUCUUCUGGCAUGUCGUGCCUGCCAGCUUCUCCUCCUCUGUUCUGGGUUUGCAAUAAAGUACAGCACUGGUGAGAGAAAAGAGAGAACACAGUGAGGAGGAGAGGAAGAACAGACCAAAAGGGUUGGCUAAUCGAGCUCCAGUUCACGGGAGGAAGAUGGGGUUAGCCACGCUCUUGCUCAUCUGCAUUUUCAUCUGGAGUCCGACCUCCUCUAAUGGCGCCACAGAUCCGACAGACGCUAAUACCCUUAGGAGCAUGUUUGGAUUUUUAAAUUCACCAAGUCAGCUGACCAACUGGAAUGCAAAUGGUGAUGAUCCAUGCGGACAGUCUUGGAAAGGCGUUACCUGCUCAGGCUCAGCAGUCACAGAACUCAAAUUAUCGGGUCUUGGACUUUCUGGAUCAAUGGGUUACCAGCUCUCUAGUAUGACGUCAUUAAUCAAUCUAGAUCUAAGCAAUAAUAAUCUCGGAAACCAGCUACCUUAUCAACUUCCUCCAAAUGCGCAACGAAUAAAUCUCGCGGGAAAUAACUUUAAUGGAGGCAUUCCUUAUUCAAUUUCUUCAAUGGGUUUGCUUAAGUACCUAAACAUUAGUCACAACCAACUUCAGGGCCAAGUGGGUGACAUAUUUGGAAAUCUUUCUGCCCUCACCACACUGGAUCUCUCCUUCAAUACCCUGACAGGUGAGCUCCCACAGAGUUUUGGAUCUCUUUCAGCUGUCACCUCGAUGUUUUUGCAAAAUAACCAGUUUACAGGCACUAUUAAUGUCCUUGCCAACCUUCCCCUUGAGAAUCUGAAUGUUGCAAAUAACCAGUUUAACGGCUGGAUUCCUGAACAGUUGAAAAAUAUUAAUCUGCAGAAAGAUGGCAACCCAUGGAACCAAGCACCUGCACCCCCACCCCCUCCUGGUACUCCUCCAGCCAGCAAUGCCAACCGAAAUCACAAAUCUGGUCACAGUGGCAGCCAAUCCGACUAUAGUGGUGGUGGUGGCAACAGCAAAUCAGGUAUAGGAGGUGGUGGCAUAGCAGGAAUACUGAUAUCAAUCCUGGUUGUUGGGGCAAUAGUGGCAUUCUUCCUUGUGAAGAGAAGACGCAAGUCAUCCUCUGACAUAGAAAAGCUUGAUAAUCAGCCUUUUGCUCCUCUUGCUUCAAAUGAAGUGCAAGAAAUGAAGUCUAUCCAACCUUCCUCAACAAUCAAUACCAAGACAUAUGAAACUUCUGCCUCAUUUAAUCUUAGGCCUCCCCCCAUUGAGCGUCAUAAGUCAUUUGAUGAGGAAGAUUUUCCAAAGAAACCAAUUGUUGUCAAGAAAGCUAAUGCAGAGCCAAUAGACGCAGUAUCAUAUUCAAUAGCAGACCUUCAAAUGGCUACAGGCAGCUUUAGUGUUGAGAACCUUAUUGGAGAGGGGUCUUUUGGACGUGUCUAUCGGGCUCAAUUUGAGGAUGGGAAGGUUCUUGCUGUGAAGAAACUAGAUUCAUCUGCUCUUCCCAACCACAUGUCAGAAGAUUUUACAGAAAUAGUUGCAAAUAUCUCUCGCUUGCAUCACCCAAAUAUAACAGAGUUGGUGGCUUACUGUUCAGAGCAUGGACAGCACCUGCUGGUUUAUGAGUUCCAAAAAAAUGGUUCACUGCACGACUUCCUGCAUCUAUCUGAUGAAUUCAGCAAACCAUUAAUAUGGAACUCACGUGUCAAGAUUGCUUUGGGGGCUGCACGUGCGUUAGAGUAUCUACAUGAAGUUUGCUCACCAUCGAUUGUUCACAAGAAUUUCAAAUCCGCUAACAUAUUGCUAGACACGGAUCUCAACCCUCAUCUCUCAGACUGCGGGCUUGCUAGCUCUAUCCCAAAUGCAGAUCAGGCAUUGAACAAUAAUGCAGGGUCUGGAUACAGUGCGCCAGAGGUUGCCAUGUCUGGUCAAUAUAACAUAAAGAGUGAUGUCUAUAGUUUUGGCGUGGUCAUGUUGGAGCUUCUAACUGGACGAAUGCCGUUUGAUAGCUCGAGGCCAAGAUCUGAGCAAUUACUGGUUCGAUGGGCAACACCCCAGCUUCAUGACAUUGAUGCUCUGGCAAAAAUGGUUGAUCCAGCACUUGAAGGGCUUUACCCGGUUAAAUCUCUGUCGCGAUUUGCUGAUGUGAUUGCCCUUUGCGUCCAGCCGGAGCCGGAGUUCCGACCGCCAAUGUCUGAAGUGGUCCAAGCUUUGGUGAGGUUAGUGCAGCGAGCAAACAUGAGCAAGAGAACAGUUGGGAAUGAGAGAGGAUCAUUCAAGCGAACUGAUAGCUUUGACGCACAGGACCCCAACAUGUCUUGAUGGCCAUGGUUCUGCAGUGCAAACAUGUCUUCCCUUUUGAUCAUAUACAGUCCAAAACAGCAGAAUUUGUAGCAUGUUCAUCGAUAUUCUGCACCGUAAUUUAUUAGUUGGACUUGGAUCACCCCUGUACUUGCUGAAUCCAAAGUUAAAAAUAUGGUAAAUUCUGUGUCAAUGAAACAAAUUUCUAGCGAGGCUUUGUUCUUUCACUGCCCUCACAGUCUCAGCUUAAAUUUAUUUUUGAUCUUUUUUUCGGUUGUUUCUUUAAUAAUAAACAUUCAUUCAAAUGAAAGUAAUGUCAUUUUAUUUUGUGCUA